AUGUCGGUCCGACAAACGAGGCGUCAAGCCGCCCAAGCCGCCGCUGCGGAAUCAUCCAAAGUUACAACCACCGGACCAGCCGACCAGGUCGCGAUGAAUGGCAAUGGCAACGGAACGUCAGUGACGGAAGCUUCGGAAGAUGGCCCUAAAGAGAACAUUUUCCUGUUCUGGCCCAACAUCAUCGGCUACUCGCGCAUCGUGCUCGCCAUCGCCUCCCUCUACUACAUGCCCCUCCACCCACGAACCUGCUCCUUGCUGUACAGCGUGUCCUGUCUCCUGGAUGCUCUCGAUGGAUACGCCGCUCGUGCCUUUGAGCAGUCCACGCGCUUCGGCGCCGUCCUGGACAUGGUCACGGACAGAUGCACAACCUCGUGCCUGCUGGUGUUCCUGUCCUGCGCGUUCCCCCGCUGGACCAUCGUCUUCCAGAUGCUCCUCUCACUUGACUUCUCGAGCCACUACAUCCACAUGUACACCACUCUCACCAUGGCGGGCUCCGAAAGCAGCCACAAGAAUGUCGACGAGAGCCGCAGCUGGAUCUUGCACUUGUACUACACCAAUAAGACUGUUCUCUUCGUCUUCUGCGCCCUAAACGAACUAUUCUUCAUAGCCCUCUACCUCUUGUCCUUCUCCUCGCCGCUUCUGUCGCCCUCUCUCCUCAACUCCGUCUCCAACUCAGAGGCAAUGCAGAUUCAGGCCGGCGCGCAGGUCAAUACGUCGCUGCUUAGCCAGAUCUUCCCGAAUCCCUACAGCGCGGCAGCUCUCGAGCUUGCGCGCGCGAACAAGAUGGAUUCCUUCUGGCCGUGGGUCCUUACUGCCAUCAGCUUCCCCGUUAUGGCUAUGAAGCAGUUCAUCAACAUUGUGCAAAUUGUCAAGGCGAGCAAAUGGCUCGCUGAGGGCGACCUCGCCAUGAGGAAGGCGCAGGGCUUGCCCAGGAAGCAGACCAAGAGCACCUAA